AUGGCUGCCGCCGAGUUGGAAAAGCUUGGAUGGCAUUUAAGUGAAGAAUUUAUAAAUGGAUUUGGAAACAAAGUCAACGUUGAUAGCAUUAUCAAGAAGGCUCUUGAUACUGACUUUAGGGAGAUUGGGAAAGCUUUCUUAAGUGAAGACAUCAACAGAGGGAGAUCAGACUAUAUUGUGGGGCCAUGUGUGUUACAGUUGUCAAAACUGCGAAUUGUCUCAGCACCAAAAGAUAACGAGGAUUCUCAGGCAGCACCUAAAAUCUAUCGUCUCUCAUUGACUGACGGCCAUGUCACCUGUUCUGCAGUUACACUCGAACCAAUUCAGGGUCUUGGCCUCAACACAGCUCCAGGCACCAAGCUGCGUCUGUCUGGGACAGUUGAGGUGGAAACCAACUUCCUUCUCCUCACCAGCAAGAACACCACUCUCCUGGGAGGGCGGGUCAGCGUCCUGGCAGACUCUUGGGAGCUGAAGAAGACACUGGCUAAGCAGUCUCAGGCACGAGCCAACCUCCGAGGGGAAGGAGGACCUCCACCAUUUGUACCUUUUGGGAAGAAGAUCACAAAUGAACUGGUUCCCCCGCCCAAAAAAGAUAACUUCAAAUCUCUGGGUGGCGGCAAGGAGAAGAAAAUCUCUGAGGGAGACAGUGAGUUUGAACAGCAAAGACAGGCAGCUCUAAAUGAGGCGCUUCAGGCCAAGGGUUCCAACAGGGGAGGGAAGACAUUUGGCGGAGGCAAAUUUCUGGUCAAUGAUAAAGAUCUGGCAAGGAUAAUGGAAAUGGGUUUCUCCAUUGAUGAGGCCACGUCAGCCUUAAAAUCUUCCAGUGGCAAUGUCAAUGAGGCAAUCAAUUCACUGUUGUCCGGAGGCCAGCGGUUUCACAGAGGCACAGAGAGAGGCAGACCAGGGAUGCGUGGGGGUGGCAUGGAUGGGCGGAGUGAGGGCAGGAGAGGAAGAAGAGAUAGAGAUCUGGAAUACGACGGGGAUGAACUAGUCAGCUCCAGGCCUAGUGGGCCGGCUACGCUGUUUGAUUUCCUUGAAACAAAAAUACCAACCAAAGAUGAUUCUAAAAAACAGAACAAGUUCUCUGCUGUAAAAUCACUGCCCGCGCCAACAUCAUCAUCAUCCUUCAUGUCAAAUGAUUCAUCGUUAAAAUUCAACAAAGAUCACACAAAUGACAGGUUUCAAAAACGUCCUCAGGCAUAUGAUGCUCCUUCAUCGGGACCUUCUCAGUACCAGUCCAGCUAUAAGGACGGUUCUCUUAAUUAUCAGGACUCUAGCAGAAGGGGUAGAGGUGAGAAUAACUUCAGUUAUCGGGAUCAGGCUCAACGACAGCAGCAGAAUGUCCCCCCUCGGUUUGCAAAAUUAGGUCGAGGAGACGGACAGAACACUGGUGGGGGAGUAAGGAGUGAGGAAGGAGGAGGGGAUGGUGGUAGCGAAAGCAGACUUGAUAAUUACUCAGACCAUAAAGCUGCUUCUAAAGAGAACAGCUACAAUCAUGGACGAAGGUCUCCUAUUUUUGUUGGGUCAAACAAAGAUGGUAAAUCUCAGAGCAGUCCAAUAUCAGAACCGUCCAGUGAAAAAGGACAGUAUCACAAUGAUCUUAGUAGUGCCACUAAAAGACAGCCUAUGAAUCCAGCAGGAAACGACAGCCGGAACAGCUAUAGAAAUAACUAUGGAGAUGAGUCGGCGAGUCAGACAGGAAGCGAUAGUCGCAAUAGUUAUAGGAAUAACUAUGGGGGUGAGCCUGUGAAUUCGACAGGAAGUGAUAGUCGGAACAGCUAUAGAUAUAACUACGAAAAUCAGGGGCCGAGGCAGGACAGUGGUAAUUACCGGCAGCAGAAUUACGGGAACAGCCAGAACAGAUAUUCUAGUCGAAGUGAUAAUCGGUACAAUCCCCAAGACCCCUUGAGGGGUCAGGUCAACAACAGGUCAUACAACCAACAGCCUCCACUUAUGCCCACCCCGUAUUCUCACCAACCUCCUCAAAACACACAGUAUACACCUGUGUCUGGCAAGCAAGGAUAUGACGAUCGGCAGUUCAGUAUAGAAGGCAGUGUUCUGCUAAAUGUGGGAGAUAAUUGCUUGGCCAGGUACUGGGAGGAUAAGGAGUUCUACCCAGCAAUUGUAGAAGCUGUAGGCUCUGAUGGCAGCACGGCUGUGGUCCGUUUUAUUGACUACGGCAACUGUGAGGAGGUGCUGAUAGAGGACAUUCAGCAACUACAUCAGCAGACUGGCUGGGUAUGUGUACUAGACGCAUGUCUCUGCUGCUGCAUAAAUCCACCAGCCUUCCACGCAGCACCAUCUUUUGUGCCACCCAUGGAGUUCACACGAAGCAGCUCUUAUUAUAACAAUAACUACAACAAUGGCGCCGCUGGCAGACGGCCAGACAACAGGGACAGACGUAGGCCACCACAAGCGCAGUAUAUGCCACCCAAUCAAAGACCCUAG